UCUCUGGACGUGCUGAUCUCCGGCCCGACACAGGCACCUCUCGGGGCUCCGGUAUCGCGGCCCGACCCGGUAACAGCCUCCGGUGGUGCGCGGCCGCUGCCUGGGGCCGCCCAUGCGGUCGGGGGGCGAUGCGGGCUGCGCGGAGCCGACGGUAGUGCUCGCACCGGGCCCCCCCGGGAGCAUGGGCUGCAUCGGCUCCAAAACCACCAUCGUGGCUGUGGACACGACGCUGUGCGUGGAGUGGAAGGAGGUGAAAGCGCUGUCACCGCUGAGUGCUGCCCGCCCGCUGCCCCGCUUGGUGCGCCAGGCCUCCUUCGACAGCCAGGACUUCCUCCAGGUCAAUGUUGAGGACACUGUUGAGAUGCUGCCCAAAUCGCGGCGCGCGCUGACCAUUCAGGAGAUUGCUGCCCUGGCCCGCUCCUCACUGCACGGCAUCUCACAGGUGGUGAAGGAGCAUGUGACAAAGCCAACAGCCAUGGCACAGGGCCGGGUCGCCCACCUGAUCGAGUGGAAGGGCUGGUGCAAACCAGUGGAGUCACCUACUGCCCUGGAGAGCGCCUUCAGCUCCUACUGCCACCUGAGCGAGGGCGAGCAGGAGGCACGCUUCGCUGCUGGAGUGGCAGAGCAGUUUGCCAUCGCCGAGGCCAAGCUGAGAGCCUGGUCCUCAGUGGAUGGGGACGAUUCAAAUGAUGAGUCUUACGAUGAGGACUUCAUGCCCUCCACGGAGAGCUCCCAGCCCACUGAGCUGACCAGCACAGUGCCUGCCAGUGCGCUGCUCCGAGACCUGCUGCAGGGCCACCUGUGCCACCUGGGUGUGCGGCAUGGUUCCUGUGAACCCGAGAGUGACUCCUCACACACCCUCUCCCCUGAGACCCUCUGCUCCAGCCUCUGCAGCCUGGAGAUGGUGUCCCCCUCUGAACUCACUGCCAAACUGCUGGGCACCCUUGGGGGCGAGGACCUGCUGCUGCCCAAGUUGCCCCCCCCGGCCAGCCAAAGUGCCUUGCGGGGCCUGGCACGGCUCCGGUGCCAGGACUCCCUCUACUCCGUGUCCUAUGCUGAAGCCUGCCUCUCGCCUGCUGAGGACGAGGUGGUGCUGAGCAAGGACUUCCCGCUCCGACGGAAAGUCUCCGACGUCGCGUCCUCUGGGGUGGCAUCGCUGGAGGAAGAGGAGGAGGCCGAAGAGCCCUGAUGCCCCACUGGGGUGCCCUGCAUCUCCUGAUGGGGCUCCAGCCCUGCCACUGCUGCCCUCCGGCUGGAUUCCCUGCUGGGCAAGGGAUGGGCCCUGCCGCUGCUCCCCCUCAUUAUCUGGGCACGGGGGGGGGGGAGGCUGGGGGGGCUGCUACAGUCCUCCCCAGCAUUAUGCCCCCACCACGCUCAAGCCCCGCUUGGCCACAUUGUUGCCCUCCUGGAGUUUUGCAUGAAAGCGGGGAAGGGGCGUAGGGAAGGGCCUGGGGGGGUCCAACCCCUGCCCUGAUGCCCAGAUGUGCCCCCUAAAAUCAAUGGGACUGAAUCAGUGGGGCUGGUUUUUCGCAUGUUCCCCCCUCCAACUGCCCUGGGCUCCCCUUCUGGGCAUGGGUGUCCCCCCCCCCCCCGCGCCAUUGGCAUGGCUAAGCCUCUCUGAGCAUCCUGUGGGUGCCCUCGCCCCGUGCCCAGCACCCACAGCUCGGGGUGGUAGGGGGCAUUAGGGGAGCAGGAGGGCUUUUCUCCUCUUUCCCCGGACGGCUUUUAUUGGACCGAGUUUUAAACUGUGAACUGCUGCCUCAGGGCAUGGGGCAGGUGGGGGUGCCAGGGGGGCUGGGGGUGUGUGUGUGUCUGCAGAUGUGCCAUGGUGCCAGGGCUUUCUAUACUUUUGUAUUCGUGUGGGGCUGGCACAGGGGGACUGUGAGGUGGGGGCUGAGUGGCCACAAGCCCCCAGACUGGGGACUUUGGGCCACCAGCAACAAUAGUCUCAAGCCGGCCCUGUGUCAGGGGACUCAGUCCAACCAGGGUCCCCCAAGUCUGCCGUUGGGCAAUACGGGGUGGAGAGAAGGGGGAGGUGGUGGAACUGAUGCCUCCAUCCCUGAGUCACUCACCCCUAGCAGGGAACCAAGUGCCUACAUGAAGGGCGACCAGCCCCCCAUCCUGGCUGGGGGUAGCACCCUGGCUCGGGGGCUCCCUAGGGCUGUGCCAGAGUUCUGGGCACGUCGUUUGUGGGAGGAAUGCCAGUUUUUGCCAACGCUUGCGCCCCCCUUCCUGCAUGGCAUGUGUUCUCUUGGGGCUACUCGCCAGCUGCAUGCUGCUCCUUGCCCAGCCACAGCCUGCCAGACCCACCCCUCGAGGUGCCCCCAACACCCUCUAAGCCCAUGCUCCUGCACCUCUCCAGUACCCCCCAUCAACCCCCACUGAGUACAGCACCUGUUCCCCUUCUCUGCUCUGGGGUGCCUGGUGUGGGGUUGGCUCCCACCUCCCUGGAUGGCUAAGCUGUGAGGGGCUUCAGGGGGCAUCAGGCCACCCCGAUAGGCUCCCUGACACCCACCACCAUCCCCUUUCCGGGGACAGUGAAUGCACCCCAUGGCACUGGGAUGGGCUGGGGAAUCUGAGGUGCCCGUGGAGGGGCAGGGGGAGCUUUGCUCUGCGUGUGUGUGCAUGAGAGCACACCUGGGAGCAGGUAUGCAUGUGCCUGAGCUCCCCCACCCGGCUGCAGUGGGGUACCCAUGGGGUGCCCACACCCUGGCACCCCUCCUCCUCCAUCCUGCCAGGUCUCCAAUAAAGUCCAUUGUGU